AAGAAUUUGCAAGACUUAAAUCUCUCUGAAUGCCAGGGAUUAAAUGAUGAAUCGAUGAGAAUCAUAGCAGAAGGUUGCAGAGCUCUUCUUUAUUUAAAUCUGUCAUAUACAGAUAUUACUAAUGCAACACUACAAGUAUUGUCAAGCAGCUUCCCCAAUUUACAGUAUCUGAGUUUAGCUCACUGCAGAAAAUUCACAGACAAAGGUUUACUGUACCUGGGCUCUGGAAAAGGCUGUCACAAGCUCAUCUAUUUGGACCUUUCUGGUUGCACUCAGAUUUCAGUUGAAGGCUUCAGAAAUAUUGCCAAUGGCUGCAGUGGCAUUCAAGAUUUGGUAAUGAACAGCAUGCCAACUCUUACAGACAGAUGUAUUCAAGCUCUGGUUGAAAAGUGCCAACAGAUAGCGUCUGUUGUCUUUCUUCACUCUCCACAUCUUUCUAAUACAACUUUUAAAGCUCUUGCUGGAUGUAAACUUGUCAAGGUCAGCACUGAAGGGAAUAAACAAAUUACUGAUUUAAGUUUCGAGUUGAUGAGUAAAUGCUGCCCAUAUAUCAGGCACAUUCAUAUGGCUCGUUGCCCGGAGGUUACAGAUGCUGGUCUUCAGAUGAUUUCACCACUGAAGCAUAUUCUUGUGCUGAAUCUAGCAGACUGCAUAAGCAUCAGUGAUGAAGGCGUAACGACAUUUGUACAAGGUUCUUCAGGAGCUAAACUGAGAGAGCUGAAUCUGAGUAAUUCUUUUCGUGUCACUGAUGCUUCUGUUACAGAAAUAGCACAAAGAUGUCAUGAAUUGACCUACCUGAAUCUGCAUCACUGUGAAAAUGUGACUGAUGCUGGAAUUGAAGCCUUGGGAAAUAUGUCAUCGCUGAUAUCCAUUGAUCUCUCUGGAACCAGCAUCUCAGAUAUGGGCUUGAGAGCACUUGCCUACCAUGGAAAAAUAAAGGACCUUUCUAUAUCAGAAUGCAAAAAUGUCAGUGAUAUUGGGAUUCAGGAGUUCUGCAAGGGCACAAAGUACCUGGAACACUGCCACGUCUCCUACUGCCCUCAGCUGACGGAUGACGCUGUGAAAAUCAUGGCAUUUCACUGCCAAGGACUGACAUCUGUCAGCAUAGCAGGUUGCCCAAAUAUGACUGAUACCUGUAUCAAAUACUUGGCUGCAGCCUGCCAUUAUCUCCACUUCCUGGAUGUCUCGGGUUGCGUUCAUCUUACUGACAAAGCACUGAAAUAUCUUUGGAAAGGUUGUAAGCAACUCCAGAUUCUCAAGAUGCUGUACUGUAGAAAUAUUACCAAACAAGCCAUUUUGAAAUAUACAGCCACACUGCAGAAACAAGAACAUAGUGAUGCUGACCCUCCUUCCUGGCUUGGAUAUGAUCGGGAUGGUAACAUACUCACCUUAACCGAAAACCACCCAUCAGAGCCUGAAUAA